ACGUUUUGAGGCUGAAAGAUGUUUUUAAGCGUAAGACAUGUAUACCGGCAGUAAAUCCUAUUGGCUAAUUAGAUUUAUGUUUAAUCACAAUUUCUGAAAAUCUGACCAAAAUCCUUCUUUCACGUGAUUGUCUUCCCAAAAUUUCGAUCCUAUUUUGCGGAAAUACGGCCAUCAAAUUUAGGCGGUAAGAUGAUAAUUGCCCUAAGCUCUUAGGUUUCAUAUUUUCGUUAUUUAUUCUCCGUCCAAGCGAUAUCCUCCCGCCAAAACAAUUGUCACGGUUUUACAUUGAGACUGCAUAUAGAAAGGAAAAGUCGGAUAGAGGUGGAGUGUGCGUCAUUCGCUGUAUCAGAUAAAGAGCGAAAAUGCUGUGGGUAGACAAGUACAGGCCCAGGUCUCUCGAUAAGAUUAUUGUGCAUCGAGAAAUUGCGGACAAUUUAAAAAAUCUGGUUAGUGAGCAUGAUUGCCCUCAUCUACUAUUUUAUGGGCCACCAGGAGCUGGGAAGAAAACUUUAAUCAUAGCUCUUCUAAAGCAAAUAUUUGGUCCAGGGGCUGAGAAGGUGAAGGUAGAAAAUCGGCCAUGGAAGAUUGAGGCUGGUACAAGGACAAUUGAAGUGGAGUUGACGACAGUUUCAAGUAAUUACCAUGUGGAAUUGAAUCCUAGUGAUGUGGGUUUCCAAGAUAAAUAUGUUGUUCAAGAGAUUAUCAAAGAAAUGGCCAAGAGUAGGCCCAUCGAUAUAAAUGGAAAUAAGGGUUACAAAGUAUUGGUUCUCAAUGAGGUUGACAAACUUUCUAAAGAAGCUCAACACUCUCUUCGACGGACAAUGGAACUGUAUAGUGGAGUCUGCCGAAUAAUUUUAUGUUGUAAUAGUGCAUCAAAAGUUAUUGAAGCAGUUAGGUCUCGUUGUUUAAAUGUUCGCAUCAAUGCACCAUCAAAAGAGCAGAUAAUUGAAGUAUUGGAGUAUAUUGCAAAGAAAGAAGGACUACAACUUCCUAUAGGAUUUGCAGGUCGUAUAGCCAUACAAUCUGAGAGAAACUUAAGAAGAGCAAUACUUUGCUUUGAGACUUGCAGAGUGCAACAGUAUCCUUUCACUGAUAACCAACCUGUGCAACCAAUGGACUGGGAACAGUACAUUUCUGAGAUAGCUUCAGAUAUUGUGAAUGAACAGAGCCCCAAAAGGCUUUUUGUGGUCAGGGGAAAGAUAUAUGAUCUUCUUGUGAAUUGCAUUCCUCCUGAAGUAGUUUUAAAGAGAUUGGUGUUUGAAUUGAUGAAGAAGUUGGACUCUGAAUUGAAACAUGAAGUUUGCCACUGGGCUGCUUAUUAUGAACACAGGAUGCAUCUUGGACAGAAGGCAAUAUUUCACAUAGAAGCCUUUAUUGCAAAAUUCAUGAGCAUAUACAAGAAAUUUCUUAUUGCAACUUUUGGCUGAGACCUUUCUGGAGAUGGACACUAUUACCUUCACUGUUCCUUGCCCUUGUAUGUGCUGGUUAGUGCUGAUUCUUCGGACAUUUUAUCAAUAUAAAAAUGUAGCUAGGUGUUCUGCUCUAGCAUCAAUGGUUAACAGUUAAGAGUGGUUAUCCAGGCUGCUUGUCGGUCAAUUGCAAUACUAAGUUUCUUAUUGGAUUAAUAUCUUGUACUUGAAAAAAUGUAGCUAAUCCAAAAAAUGUAGCUAAUCCAAUGAGUUAAAUAGAUGAUGUUAUGUUUUUAAUAUAUAAAGCUGUUCAAAUAUAAUAGUU